AGUCAGUUUGUGCUACUGCACAGAUCAAUGACUAUUCUUUUACUGGUACUGAUUUCACAGUGCUGUGACUCAUCAAGUUAUGGACUCGCCCAUAGAAAGAUACAUAAAUAUAGUGUCCUCCAAGAUGAAUCGUAUAUGGCUAUGGACCACGUGUAGCCUGCUGCCACUGUCACUAGCCAGCUGCAUGCGUACACAACCACGACGUGCUCUGCCAGCCUGCGUGCUGAUGUCUACGGCCACUGCCCAGCCACCAUGGACCAACCCACCACUAUCGCACUCAUGUGACGGCACCACAAAGUGCAUGAAUUCUAAACAAACUAGUCACAAGCUGUUUGCUGGCGCCUUCUCGCAGCUCCAGAGCUCUGUUCCCCAAAGGGGGAUCUGUGUGGCAACUGAGCUGAGGAAUGCAUUAACACCAGAGUCAUAGUUACAGUUAAUAAAUGCUAGCAGUGCCUGUUAUCCAAUGGCGCGCCUGCCGAUUUACCAUUAGACCAAAUUUUUGAAUUGUGCGAUGCACACGGGCGAGCAGGAAUGGGCGAGCAGGAAACAAUGCAGAUGCUGGUAUGAGCUGUGCAAUGGAAGUCUGAUUCUGCAUGCUACAAGCCACUUGGAUCGAGCUUAAUGAGAGUUACCCAAAAUGCACAGGGGAUCCUUUAGUUACAGCUGUCUGUUUGUACAUAUUGUUUUAAUGCAACUGUGAAGUGCACAGCAACCUGCGUUUUGGGAAGACAUUUAUCGGUUUCAUGCAUCCACUAUUUCCUAGCCUUCCCACAAUCAAGCAACAUGCUCUAUCACUGGUGAGUGUACAUUCUCUGUGAACAGUGUUCAAGAAGAUAUAUUGUACAAUGCCUGUUACUGCUGUCACAUGAU